ACAAAUGAGAUAAUACGGGAGGCAGAAUUAAAUCAAGCCAGGGAGGAACUUCAGGGCAUGCAAGAAAAAGAAAGCUACGCACAAAAACACUACACAGUUUCGGGAGUGAGUGUAGAGGUUCUCAGAAUGGAAACAGGGCUUCCGACAAAAGAAGUUUUUAACAUUGUAGUACUUCACGCUUUAAGAUUCAAAGAUUGUAUUGUUUAUUAUUCUGGUUGGAAAGUAGAGUCCAGUAAUUUUGAGGACCAGAUUUUCAUUACUUUAAUGAAACUAAGACAAAAUUAUACUAACCUGCACCUUGCGUAGCUUUUUAGUUGCAGUGUUGCAACAAUAGCUAUUGUCACCACUUUCGUCCAUGUUUUGCAUUCAAUAUUAUUUCAUGACAUCAUGACAACCAUUCCAUCCAGGGGAAAAAAAAAUGUGUUAUGUGCACCAUCUUCUUUUUCAGAGUUUACUUCUUGUAGAAUUGUCAUUGAUUGUACCGAUGUGGAGAUUGCAGCGCUGGGCUUAAUGAGUCUGCAAAAUGCUACUUAUGCAAGCUACAGGGGUAUGAACUCAUUUAAAGUAAUUGUCAGGGUCACACCAAAUGCAGUAAUAACUAUUGUUAGCAAAUCAUACCCUGGGUCCAUUUCUGACAAAGCAAUAGUACAACAGUCAGGUCUGUUGAAUCAUCUUGUUGCAGGGGAUAUGGUUUUGGCCGACAAAGGCUUUCUUAUCCAUGACAUUUUGCCAAAUGAUGUUUCUUUUAACAUUCCACCUUUUUUGAAUAAUGGUGUUUUCACUGAAAGUGAAGCAAAGAAAACAAAAUCCAUUCCCAGAGCAGGGAUCCAUGUAGAGAGGGCGAAUGCAAGGUUAAAGGAUUUCAAAAUUUUAACUUUCAUCCCAUCUUAUUUAAGAUGUUAUGCUGAUGUUAUUUUUCAGUUAUGUGCUGCACUGGUAAAUUUACAAUUUCCACUUAUCAAAGAGGGGUGCAAGGGGACAGAGUUUGAGUAAUCUGAGUACAAAA